AUGCCACCUCCAAUUAGAAUCAAGUUUUUCUUUGACAUUGGAUCCCCUUAUACAUAUUUUGCGCUCGAGAUACUCUUGCGCUAUGAACGGCGAUGGAACAUUGUCCUUGAUCUUCGUCCGGUUCUCCUCGGUGCCGUGUUCAAGAUUACCGGUAAUGUCUCUCCAGCGCUGAGUUCGCAGUACAAGGCCGCAUACAUGAUGACCGACCUCGACCGGGUCUCCAAAGAGUAUCAGAUUCCCUUUCAUCCCGGACCCGAAUUUCCAGGGAACACACGUGAACCGAUGCGAAUGCUCCGCUACCUCAAAGACGACCUCCCGCCCGCAAAGUUCCGCGAAGCGACACGGCACUAUUUCCGCGAAAACUUUGUCAAAAACACACCCCUGAGCUCACCCGAGUUUCUCCACUCGCUCGCGCCAACAAUCAUUUCCGACGCAAAAUUGAAACAGGCACUGACAGAAUACAAGACUGUGACGGACAAAAUGAAAAUCGAGUCGGCAAAAGUCGUGGAAGAUUAUGGCGCGUUUGGCUUUCCGUGGAUCGUCGUCGAACGGUCUCCCUCCCUCGACGACGCGCCGGGUGCACGAGGAGACGAAGAGGCCAAGGAGGUAGAAGUCGGCGUGUUUCUUUGGUUCGGAUAG